ACGCCGAUGAGACUGGCCUGUUUUAUCGACUCACCCCCGAUAAAACUAUGGCUUUCAGGGGAGAGCAAUGCCAUGGCGGUAAGCAGAGCAAGGAGCGCAUCACCGUCACGCUUUGUGCUAACAUGGAUGGCACAGAGAAGCUGAAACCCCUCCUCAUCGGAAAAUUCAAGAAACCUCGCUGCUUCAAGAACGUGAUAUAUCUACCAGUCAGCUACCGUGCCAACCGCAAGGCGUGGAUGGUACAUGUAUCUGAUCUAUUCACUGAGUGGGUUCGCCGUCUAGACAAGAAGUUCACCAGGCAGAAACGGAAAGUUCUUCUUUUCGUAGACAACUGCGCAGCGCAUCCUAAAGUCCCCCACCUGAACUCCAUCACUCUUCAGUUCCUGCCACCGAACACUACAUCACAGCUCCAGCCUAUGGACCAAGGUGUGAUAAUGAACAUGAAGGUUCAUUACCGUCGCAAGCUGCUACAGAGUCUUCUCAAUGCCUACGACGCCGGGGAAACACCUCAGCCCAUCAACGUCUUGCAGGCCAUCAAUAUGGUUCACACAGCGUGGGGAGCCGUCAAGCAAGAUUGUAUCGCCAACUGCUUUCGUAAAGCAGGUUUCGAGCCAGUUCAAGCACCACAACCACAAGUUCAAGAUCAAGACGAAGCCCAAGAUCCAGCCCACACUCAAGACCAAGAUCCAGCCCAAGACCAAGAUCGCCCAGAUAAUAUCUGGGAACGUCUGGCUCUCUUUUUAGCGAGGUUCCUGCUAUAACGACAGUAUUGUGAAAGUCCAUCGGACCUCGUUAUAACGGGAGUCGACUGUAACUUCAAAUAUCUUUAAGGUAAUUUCCAGUUGAUACCAUUUCUUACCUAAACAUUAUUUAUAUUAAUUAUAUUAAUUAUAUUGUAUUGAACAGAAAUUAUUAUAGUUCUACAAAGAGAGGAUUCGAGGGCGAUACCUGAAGGGCCUAGAAUGCCAAGAAGGCAGGAAUAAUAUUUUAUUGAACAUUAAUUAACCAGAUUAAGCCCCUAGGUUUCCAUAAAAAAAAUAACAAAACUUAUAGCGAAAUU